UGCACCCCAUCGUCCCUUGCUUUUCUGCCUCGCGACACAGUCUGUCCUAAAUAUCCCCUCCAGCCCAGAUCACUCUGAACACGGAGCUUUCGCUUCCCCCCGCCCCCAAACCUCUGCAGGACGCAACUCAGUUUCUUGAAAGCUAGAUUCAGACUACGUUUCCAGUGAGCACGGACGGGCCCUCGUCCCGAGUGUUUGAUCUCCGUGGACGGUGGCCGGGAAGGGACAAUGGUUUCCAUGUCAGCGGAGCAACGCGCUCGCUAGGAGGAAAGAUGCCACGCAGGGAGUGAAUGAGUGAGUGAGUGAGGGCGUGCUGAGGGGCGACGAAGCAACCAGAGAAGCUGAUGGCCGACAGUGCAAGAGCCAUGCAGCGCCGGGGCCUCGUGGACGGACCGGACUUUGAGUUUUUCCAGCGUCGCUAUUUUACGCCGGCCGAGGUGGCCGAACACAACCUGCCGGAAGACCUGUGGGUGUCUUACCUGGGAUCCGUGUACGACCUGACGCCGUUGGCUCAGGAGCACAAGGGGGACCUGCUGCUAAAACCCAUCAUAGAAGUUGCGGGCCAGGACAUCAGUCACUGGUUUGACCCGAAGACCAGAGACAUCCGCAAGCACGUAGAUCCGCUGACCGGAACGCUGAGAUACCGCACCCCCCGGGGCCGCUUUCUGCACGUCCCGCCUCAGCUGCCCCGUUCCGACUGGGCCAACGAUUUCGGGAAGCCCUGGUGGCAGGGGACGCGCUACGAGGUGGGGCGGCUGUCGGCCAAGACACGGAGCAUCCGCAUCAUUAACACGCUCACGUCGCAGGAGCACACGCUGGAGGUGGGGGCCCUGGAAUCAAUGUGGGAAAUCCUCCACCGGUAUCUCCCUUAUAAUGCACAUGCUGCCAGCUAUACAUGGAAAUACGAAGGGAAGAAACUGAACAUGGAUUAUACCCUGGAAGAGAAUGGGAUCCGGGAUGAGGAUGAAGAAUUUGAUUACCUCAAUAUGGACGGAACACUCUACACACCUGCCAUACUGCUCUACUUCAAUGAUGACCUCACGGAGCUAUAGGGGACGAGACAACUGCUUAUGUGGACUCAAAACAUGUUUUGAGUUUGCUAUUUCUGUGCCCCUGCAGGAAGAGAGCUGGGAGUGGGGGGUGGCGGGCAGUGCUGGCUGAGACCUCCAUUCCAUGCUGGGAACUGGCCGGUGGCUCUUGCGUCCUUCUGAAGCGUGCACAUCUUGUUUCCUAGGCCCACUGUGAUUUGCUUAGAGAGAGUUAGGGAGAAUGUUACCUAAUUCUCAGGAGUGAAACGAGAAGUAUCUUGGAGGAGGGAGACAGCCAGCCAGAGCUUAAGAAGAACUUUUAGACAGAGAAGUCCUACCCAGGGAUGAGGGAUGGAAGGAGUUUUGUGACAGUGCGGCAGGAAGAUGGGAUUUACACAGACAGGAACUGGAGAUGUCUAUUGCUGGCCUUACAAAACUGGCUGACUCGCCUCCUGAAGAGUGCUUGAUAGUUGAAACCCCAAAGGGAAGAAAGAAAGUGAACGGUUAGUAGGUAAUUAAGGCCACAUGCCUCAUACACCCUUUUUAUUUUAUUUUUUUAAAUUUAUUUAUGAUAGGCACACACAGAGAGAGAGAGGCAGAGACAUAGGCAGAGGGAGAAGCAGGCUCCAUGCACCGGCAGCCCGACGUGGGACUUGAUCCCGGGUCUCCAGGAUCGCACCCUGGGCCAAAGGCAGGCGCCAAACCGCUGCGCCACCCAGGGAUCCCUCAUACACCCUUUUUAAUACGACUACUCUAAGAUGGGCACCAUCCCCACGAUUUUAUACAUGAGUCUUUUGAAGCUUAGAUUUUUUUUUUUCCCUAUUGGGGGUUAGAAGCAAUGGGUGACCCUGGCAGCGUCGCCUCUAGCAAGUAAGAGGGGAGCUACCUAAACUCAACAAUAUUUAGUAGCACAGAAGCACACAAGUUAGCGGCCAGGAUGCAAACUCGAAUCCAAAUCCAAAGUUCACGUUCUUUCAGUGCAGAGAGGACCUUGCUGUCCUCGUCUCAUUGCACAACAGGACCCUGCCAGCCUGUUGUGUUCGCAGUUUCUUCUGCCCUUAGUGUCUCGGGAAGGGAGUUAGCAGAGCUCUGUGGUGGCAGGGAAGGGGCAGGGAGGAGGCUGGGAGGGCCACCAGCUGAGCAACGGCUAGCCAGGCUGCCCCCAGUAGCCCACAGCUAAAUCUUCUGGCUUUUCUGAGGCAAAGAGGUGGAUGGAUACGGACUCCAUGGAAGACGAGAAUAGGGAAAGGGCCUUUGGAUAGGGGAUCAAAAUGGAGGCAGAUGGUAGCACAUAUUCACGAUGGGCCUGUGCCCCUUAGGGAAGGUGAGGAAAACAGGGUCCACUUGCAAGACAGCGACUCCUCAGGGGGCUCGACAGGGGUGAUGUAAAGAGAGAAGCUCACUGGGUCAGAAAACUGGUGAUCAAAAGACAACCGUGUGGGAGGCAGCGGCCAGAUUUGUCCCCUUGAACCUUGGGAAGGGGGAUGAGAAUGACAGGUGAAUUUCCCGACGGGAGCCACAGAGGCUCAGGGCCAGGCUCAUAGGCCUGGGCAUUUUCAUAGGGGCUGGCCGAGGGGCUACCCGGAGGUGGAGGCAGGUACCUGCCUCAGCACUUUCCAAACACACUGAGACCCAGGGCUGCCCCUCGUCCCGUCCUCCAAGAGGCCGUGAGUGAUGAAGCUUUUUUUCUUUCUUUCUUUUUUUUUUUUGAUGAAGCUUUCUGAUGUGUAGUCAACCCUGUGGUGGAUUCAUGUGCCUCUUGUUGGCUCAGUUGCACCGACACGACUCGAGAACCCAAGCAAUGCUGCUGCUCUGGCGCCAGCCUCCAGGGUCAGCCCAAACCUGCUCCCCUCCCCCUCCCCAAGAGUCUCCCGCUUCAGUGCCUCCUGCUCCUUGCACCCUGGUCACCCUCCAAGUAGAUCCUAGCCCCUAAAUGCCCCAGGGGUCCACCCUCUUCCUCCCAGCCACUGUCCCCUCUUGUCCAGACUGCUGUACUGAUGUCCUAACCAGCCCCCAACUCCUGCCCCCACAUGCAGCAGGACAGGUGAGCUCUGAGAACCAAACCCGGGCAUCUGCCUCUGCUCCUUCAGAUUCCUCAGUGGCUUCCAGGUGCUUUGGCAAUAAAGCCCUGUCAGUCCGAAGACACUGCGUGAACCAGCCUGGGCCUGCCUCGCAUUACUCUGUUCUGUUCCAUGUCCCUGCCGCCCAUGGAAUGUCCUCCUGCCUCAGGACCCCCACACACUGUUCCCUCUGCCCCCACACUCUUCCUCCCAUCGACCCCCUAGCUGACCCUGCAGGUUUCUUCCUCUGGCAAGCUUUUCUGCUAUCUUGGUGUAGAAAGCAAGACUUUCCAUGAGAUGGCUCUUAGCAUCGCUCUUAUUUCAGAGCACUUCUUACAAUGGAAAUUUUAAGAUCCUAGAUGUGGUUGGCUGGUCAGCUGCUAGACUGGAAGCUCACGAGGGCAAAGGCCGGGUCCACCUUGUUCAUGGUCAUCUUCCCAGUGUUGGGCGCAUGGUAGCUGCUCAAUAAACUUUGAUAGAAUGA